AUGUUCAAAAUUGUGCAGCGAGGUUCUGAACAUGGGAGUGAUCAAGAGCAGCCUUUUCCCUCUAAACGGUUACAGGGGUCGACGCAACAAGGUUCUGAUAGUGUCAAGAAGGAUUCUGGGCACGAAGGACAAAAAUUGACUUCAAAUGAGCAAAUUAAGAAGUCUUCGCCUCAAAGUUCGUACUAUAAUACGUCCAUAAAAAUUUUUAUGUUAGCGCCGUCAUCUGUUUUGGGAUCCCCGAAGAUGGAAGCUUCAAUUCAAUUAAUUGACGAUGAACUUGAAUUGCUCGACUCGAUUAAGGAAUUUGUUUGUGAUGGGAACAAAAGAUAUACAGUCGUUGGAGCGAUUGGAUCUCAAGGCCUGUUUCAUUUAUUUGGGUUUUCAAUCAUUCUUUUUUAUUUUAGGAACUGGAAAAUCUACUUUUCUAAGCAUUAUAUUUUCCGCCCCUGUGCACGAGAAGCCGUAGAAUCCUGCAGAUACCAGACAACAAAAAUUUCUAUUUAUAUUGCCCCUAAGACUAGGGUAUUUUUUCUAGACUGUCAGCCAUUGAACUGUGCGCCGUUAUUAGAGGAUACCAGUCAUUCCUAUAGGAGCAAAGCUGGACCAAUGGAGAGCUUGGAACUUGAGUCACUUCAAUUUCUGCUUCUAAUUGCAAAUGUUUGUCACACUGUUUUUCUUUGUGUUGAUUGGUUUAUUGAUAUGAGUAUAAUUCGGCGACUAAUGCGAGUCGAACUUUUCCCUCAAUUUUUGAAUGUCAGUGAAAGCGUCAAUUUAGUUAUUCUACAUCAAAGAGUAAGACAACAAGACUGUCAUCCUCUAUUGGUCAAUGAAAGGAUGAGAUUAUUAAAUGGUAUAUUUGCCGGAACUAUUUUCAAUGUAAAUGGUGGAUUGACACUUGCUAAUUUGGGAUUUGAUGUUUAUCAACAAAUUGAAUCAAACGUGAAUUAUAUUCUAAUGGAAGAAAUUAAACCAAGAACAAGAACCGAAAUUUAUUCACCAGAUACAUUUUCUCAAAAAACUAAUUCAUUGGAAUACGCAACUGUUCUAAAUCGUUUGCGUAUAAAAUUGCACUCCUUACCAAAACGUGAACUUGCAAUGACUGAAGGAAAAUGGUUUUCUUAUUUGGUUGAAUGCUGGUCUAAAAUAAAGUUAGAACUUCUUUCAAUAACUGAAGAUGGAUGUACAAUCAAAACGAAUUACCUAAAGGCUCAAUUCGAUAGUGUCGGAUUAGCAUCUGAUAGAAAUUUCUCAACAGAGGACAGGGAAAUAGGAAAUGAUGAUGUAAUCGAAAGAUAUUUGGCCGUGGAAUAUCAAUAUAACAAAAUCCCAAUUAAGAGCUCUCAACAUCAACAACGAGAAAGACAAUGGAAAAACAGAGUAUUUGAAAAAACUAGAUCCUCUAGACAGAAUUAUAAUGUACAGGAUUAA